GCCUUCAAAAGAGCAGUGUAUCGUCCUGCACCCGCGAAGUUCACCGUAGAGAUGCUCUCUCCUGCCAAGCAAGGUUCCAGCUUCAGCUAUGGGAUGCGGGUAUGUCCCAUGGGCGAAGGUGAGGACGUGCAUUCGAUGCGGUCGGACAGUUCCCGCGCCGAGUACGAAAUAUGGAGGCGCUGGGAGGAUUGCCUGUGGUUCCAGGACACUUUGGAGCUGGAAUAUGCCACGCUAUCCCGCGAGAAGCGACAUCGUCUGCAGGCAGGGAAAGGCAUCAAAAAGAACGGGAUAUACAUCCACGAUGCAGCAGCUUCUUUCGAGUCGCUCCCGCCCGGCCCCGAUCCUAACUCUAUCGCGAAAGACAUCCACGAACAUAUUCCGAAGCUGACGAAGAAAGGCACCUUGUUCCGUACCAGCCAGGCUACCGUUGAACAGAGGAACAAGGAGUUCACCGCGCUGAUCGACGCGUUAUUCAGUGAGGAUAUGCCCACCUUGAUCAAAGAUCUCAGGGAGUCGCGUGAGGUUCGGGAUUUUUUUGGGUACUGGCGAAGGGACCGUGAUCUGGCUAGGAAAGCAAAGGAUGCUGUGGGUAAAUCCCCCCGUACGUCUGUCGCGACAAGCGGCCUUUCCAUGUAUUUCUCUGCUUCGACGCUUUCGCUGCAGUUCCCUCCUCUUGUAUCUGUCGAUGUCCCUGCCAGCCCACCGGCGCCCAGGUCUGUCGCAAAAUCUGCCUCGGUGCCCACUGCUGGACCGUCUGCUGCUCGCGGUCGGUCCAUCCUCCAGAAGCCGGAUGCGUCAAGUUCGCGACAUGGGUCCGCAGCUGUCAGCUUCAGUUUGUCCAACAAGAGUUCUUCCUCGGAGGACUUCUCUUCGGGUUCGAGCUCUCACGGAAGUCAUCCAUCCAGAAGUCAACGGAACAGUGAGUUCGACAUACAAGAGGUUCCAGUCACGUUCUUAGGGGGAAGCGCCCCUUCUUCGGCGUUACUCCCUGACGAACCUGCAAAGCUCCACGCUCUACCAGAGGAGCCGGAAUUCCAUGAGGCUCUGAGGACCAUGACCAUCUCUAACCCUUCAGAUGUUUCUGUUCCGGCGCGCCGCAGGGCUCGCACGAUGUCUUCUCACGACCGAAUCAACAGACAAUGCAUAGUCUUUGCAAGCCCGCCUCAGAGCCCGGCUUCGACUUCGAUGUCCCAAAUCAGUGAGCGGCCGUCCAUGGAAUCGACGCGCUCGUCUGUGUCGCCCUCGAUGAUCGAGCUCUCCGAAUCCAUCAUGGCCGACAACCGAUUCGGAGAUAUAGACUCCUCGUCGUCGUGGCGCUCGUCGGAUGCAUUCUCUAGCCCCUCGUCGAGGCGCUCGUCCUGGCGUACCUCGGUGUCGGACAUGCCGCCCCGGCCGUCGUCGAGCCAGGAGUCGUACUAUACCCGCGCCUCGUGCGUGGACCUUGACCUGCCUUUCACCCGAGCUCCUAUCAUGCUACAUACGCCACUUGACUCGUCGUAUCGGUCGAGGGCGUCCGUAGCAAGCAUGGCAUCGAUACUAACGGAAUCAUCAGCGGAUGCAAUUAUUCCGCGGACGGUUUUAUCCCCUCCUACAGCCAGCGCUGCUUCAUUGAGGCGCUCCCUCUCCGUGGGAUCUAGGCGGCAGGCUCACUUCAGUUACCCUUCUUCUGUUAUUGAAGAAGGCCAGAGAACGUGGGAAGACGGAGAAGGAGACGACUUGCUAGAAUCGUAUCUCUAUGGUUCUUCUCUUUCCGAUUCCGAGCAGCCGCCUUCGCCUACGUUCCCCGAGGCUGCAAGUGGGCCUUCGACUCCAGGACCUUCUACGCCAGGCGGGGCGACACCAUUGCCUACGACUCCAGGACGAACACAAAUCAACAUGAACCUUUCUCAUCCAGAGUACUUCCCCAAGCCAUUCCAGAAUAGACCACCCGGCCAAUUCCAUAUCCCAUGGUCGCCCAAGGCAACAGAGGAAGAUGCAGGAAACCCAGCUGAGAGCAGCUUCGCUGUCAAGGCCGUACACGGAGAUACCAUCAUCGCUUUCCGCACGUCUCGAAUGACGUCUCUGGUACAAAUUCGUAAGAAACUCGUGGAGAAAUUCUCCUCGCAGGAAGAGAACCCGCUCGCAAACACAUUUGCCCUAGGCUACCUACCACCGCCUGGGCAGCGCGGCAAAGCGGCUGGCGGCCGUCCUCGUUCCAGCUCUGUAUCAUCUGUUGGCGUCUUCGAUACAAGUAAACUGCGAUACAUCUCGUCUCAAGAGUCAUGGGAUGAAGCCAUCGCGACGUGUGGAGGAAAACUGACCUUGCGCAUUAUUGAUUGAUUUCGACAUUCUACUCAGUUCGAACGAACGGUUUCUCACCGGAUUUCUUUGCAUUACUACGCUUGUUUACAUAUCUUCGUCUUCUAUGCUGUAGAAAGUCACUGUCUUCAAUUACGCCAAUGUGGAAUGAUACUGUACAUUGAGGAGCAAUACUACGUUUAUUAAGGAUCAGUUCGGCCUGGGGGGCAAUGCACACAUGCGCCUCAAGCGCCGACGGGCGUCUGCGACAUCGCAGCGGGAGCGGUUGU